GUGGCCGUAUAGCAGAGGGAGAGAGUAGCAGAGAAUGCAUUGUGAUGAGGGAGGGGAGAAGAAGGUAUUGCAAACUAUCCCUAACAUUUGCUACACGAUGCGACGACAAUGCCAACCAAAACCGAAAAAGAAAGACAGAAAGAAGACGAAAAUCCAACCCCACGAUCCACCCCGACAUUAAUCAUCUCUCAUCUCUCAUCUGUUCAACACGCUUCACUUCCUCUUUCAACAGGGGGUCUAGGAGAGUGGAGUUGCCACCAGUGUCGCACGCCAUGGCAUCCAUCAAACCGCACAACCAAAACACGAAGAUGGAAAAGACGAAAAGGAAGAAACAAAACGCUCAAAACGGGCUCACAAUGGUAUCUAAACUUUUCCCACUCUCGUAGUACCAAACCUCCCUCCUCCGCCUGUCCGGCGCAAGAAAAACAGGGACCACAACUCCGCGCCCGAAACGCUCCAGAACGCAACCAAUGCUCGGAUAUCCAACUUGCUGAAGUGAUAUAUAGCGAAAAUUCCACAGAAUCGAAUCAGCCACAAAAAUGUGAAGAAGAUGGAAAGGAAAAAAGGAGAUGAAGAAAAACCGCAUCCACAACGUUCCCUGAGGCAUGAAAGACCCGCGCGUCGCGGGAGGAAAACCAUGCCUCCCGAGAGCCCCAUCCCAACCAUGCAGCAGGAGAGAGAUGAAGAACGACGAAGAAGGGACUGGUAGUGACAGUGUAGAUGCUGUGCUGAAGGGAUCAUACUCCGACAAGGAAAACGAAUCCAGCCAUCAUAGCCAACACCCCAGCUCUUCCUCACCAACCUACAUCUCCCCCGUUAUGCCGUCUGCAUAGCUGGGACCUUAGUUGGCGCCCUCAGGUUUUUUUGACCCUUUUAAAGA